UGAGAGCCGCUGUCUUCAGUCUCUGUAGUAACGUCUGAAGCGGACACACCGAUCUGCAGGAGAACAACACCACCAACAACAACAGACAAACGGCGCUUGUUUUUGCGCAAACACAACUGGAUAUACACGCACACGUUUUUACGCGUUUGGCAUCGUUUGGAAGUAAAACUGUGACCGGAGCUGGAUAUCGUGAACUCCUCAGGACGCAGCGGAGGAGCACAAAUAUAACUUUUUUUCCUUUUUUCUCUUUCCUCUGCAUCGAGGGAAUCUCUCUUGUUGCGUUGGUUGCGCAGCGCCGGACCACAUAUCCGUGUCAUUUGCAGUUGUGGUGUUGUUUGUCAAGCCCCAGAGAGGCGGACACCAGAGAAGCGGCGGCUCGGCGGCCACCUGACCUCCUGGAAAAUAAGACGGCAGCUAAUGACACGCAGGCUCACAGCUUUGCGUGGCGCAUUACUGAGCUCUGUGACGGAGCGGGACGAGUCUCCACGAGGCUGUUGCAUGUUCUGUCCCGACGCACCGAUCCGCGUGUGAAGUUUGCAGAAAAUAGCCGGUGAUUGGAUUUCGCGCUAACUGCUGAUUAAUUAGUGCUAGGUGGGAAAAUAAAUUAGUUGGACUAGAUUUAGAUUGGGGUUCAUCCGUCAGAGUCAUGGCUAGAACCGGAGCGCAAGUCCUCCAGCGGUCGUGAUGCCAAGCGCCGGUGUGAUCCCGCGCCACCAGCCCGUAAUGCGCCCCCUCUAACCCCGCACCAGUGUGGCGCCGCGUCCCGGUCACCCCACCGCCAGGAUGAGCAGCACCGACCUGGAGCGCAUGUCGCUCAGCUCCUCGGCAAACUCCCUGGCCUCCAGCGCUCGGACGCUGUCGGCCAACGUGAAGAAGCUGCAUAACGCGCUCAACCUCCUGCUCAACGACUUCGAGAGGGAGCAGUUCAUCCACUGCCUCAACGUGUACCACUCCAAGCGCAACGUGUACGACCUGGUGCAGACCCUCAACGUCAUCCUCAACGCGCCCAGCAAGCGGCAACUUCUGCCCAUGCUGCGGCUUGUGAUCCCCCGCUCCGACCAGCUCCUGUUCGAGCAGUACACCUCGGAGGGCCUCUAUUUGAAAUCGGAUUUAGUUGCGAGCAAUGGCAACGCCGAGCCGCCGCCGGGAGACUUCCCCAGCGCCAGCCCGACGCCCCCCGGGCAUUUCUCGCCGAACAACCCGCCGGAGUUCCAAGUGGCGCUGCGGGGCUCGCCGGACAGCUUCAGCACCAGCAGCGACGGGACAGCUCCCUUGGUGCCGCUGCUCGGGAGGAACUUUAUCCACGAGCCGCCCGGAGAGCUGCGGCAGGUCACCAUGAAGCGGCACAAGAGCAACGAGGGCCUCGGCUUCAGCAUCCGCGGCGGCUCGGAGCACGGCGUCGGCAUCUACGUGUCCCUGGUGGAGCCAGGGAGCCUGGCGGAGAAAGAGGGGCUCCGGAUCGGCGACCAGAUCAUGAAAGUCAACGACAAAGUGUUCGAGAAAGUCACCCAUGCUGAAGCGGUGAAGGUGCUGAAGGGCAGUAAAAAGCUUUGCCUCCAGGUGCGUUCAGUCGGGCGGAUUCCCGGCGGCUAUGUCACCAACCAUGUUUAUACUUGGGUCGACCCUCAGGGCCGGAGCGUGUCGCCUCCUCCGGACCUGCCGGAGCAUCGGAGUGCCACCCUGAGACGAACUGAGAGUCAGCGACGCAGCAACAUGCAGCUACUGCAGGAGGGAGACGAGAAAAAGGUCAACUUGGUUUUGGAUGACGGCCGGUCUCUGGGUCUGAUGAUCCGAGGAGGAGCGGAGUACGCUUUGGGUAUUUACAUCACUGGAGUGGACCAAGGAUCAGCAGCAGAGUGUGGAGGACUUAAGAUCGGCGACCAGAUCUUGGAGGUGAACGGCCGUAGUUUCCUCAGCAUCCCCCACGACGAAGCUGUCCGAGUCCUAAAGUCAUCGCGGCACCUGAUGAUGACGGUGAAAGACGUCGGACGGCUGCCCCAUGCCAGGACGGUGGUGGGCGAAACCAAGUGGAUCGCCAGCUCACAGAUCGCAGAGAGUUCGGCCAACAGUAGUGUGGCAGGCUUCUCUAUGGACCAAGGAGCGUCUGCAGCCGGAAAGCCGGGGUUCUAUAAAGGCGUGGCGGGCUCCCAGGUGACCCUGUCCAGUCUGGUGAACCAGUCCAGAGCCAUGCUGGAGGAGCAGGCCCGCCACCUGCUGACGGAGGCCGAGCGCCAGACCAUGGGCUACUAUGUGGAGGAGUACCGGGACGGACACAUUGGCGUGGACCAGCUGGUCAUGGCGCUGUUCGAGCUGCUCAACACCCACGCCAAGUUUUCUCUGCUGUCGGAGGUUCGAGGUCUGGUAACCGCCCAGGAUCUGGAGCGAUUUGACGGUCUGGUGCUUCGACGUGAGAUUCAGGCUCUGAAAGCUCGACAGGGGACGGCCGGAGCCUCGGCCCUGCAGCCGGACUCCCUGUCCAUGGUGUCGUACCCGGACACUCUGACGUCGUCUUCGGCCAGCUUCAUGACCAACACCACCCUCAGCUCUGCACGGAACGACAGCGUGGUGGAGAGUAAUGAGGAGGAUCCUCCGGAGAGUCUGAACACGCUGCUGACCGACAUCUCUCUGGAUGACGUUCAGUCCACCACAGCCGAGUCUCCCCCCUCCUUCAAGCCUCCUCCCCCUCCAGGGGUGCAGAGGCGCCCAAGUAGACGAGAUCUGCUCAACAAGUGUCCCUCGUCCGAAUCCUCCCACUCAGGCUUGUACUUCACUGCACCGACCUCUCACAACCACAGCAGAGAUCCGGGACAGUCCGCCACCUCACCCUCACUGCACCACAAACGCCCCAAGGACUCGUCUCGGGAGUACGCCGCCGUCAGAAAGAGAGAACCGACCGUACCGCUCAAAAAAGAGCAAAUAGCAUCCGCUCAGUUGUCCAAAGUUGCCCAGCACAACAUCGGCCCUUUUCCCAGAGUUCAAUCCCCCAACAGAGGCACCAAACCUGCCGCUCCGUCCCCUUCACCUCCACCUCCACCUCCCCUCCCUGCUCCUACUCUCCCCCCUGCUCUACCCCUAAAACCAGCCUCCAUGUCUAAAGCCUCCCCUGCUCCUUCUGCUGCCACAAAGCAGCAGUUUGUUACAGUGGAGGUUCACAGGCCCAACGCCGAACCUGACGUCAACGAGGUUCGACCGCUGCCUCAAGCACGAGGCGGCGCCUUGUCUCAGCUGUCAGACAGCGGACAAACCCUCAGCGAGGACAGCGGCGUGGACAUAGCUGAGUCAGGACACGUCAGCAAAGACAGUAGCCCCCAUUCCUCACGCACCCGCCUCCCCCGAGACCCCCAGGGGGGCGGGGGGGACAACAGCAACCCCUCCAAACCGCCGGGUCUGUUGGAGCCCACGUCUACACUAGUGAGGGUGGCUAAGAGUGCCAGCACCCUGGGAAUCGCCAUUGAGGGCGGAGCCAACACUCGCCAACCGCUACCACGGAUUGUCACAAUACAGAGGGGAGGUUCGGCUCAUAACUGCGGCCAGCUGAAGGUGGGUCAGGUGAUCCUGGAGGUAAACGGGGUUUCCCUGAGGGGCCGUGAGCACAGGGAAGCCGCCCGCCUCAUCGCCGAGGCCUUCAAGACCAAAGAGAGGGACCAUGUGGACUUCCUGGUGACUGAGUUCAAUGUGGCCCUAUAGCUGAAGGUAGCACCGAGAGAAGAGGACCAUGGUGAUGAGGGGGACACAUUUGAGCGUCUGUUGAUUUUUAAUGGCACAACUCUUAGAUUAAAAAACCAUCACCUGAUCUCUGAGCCCUCCUCCUCUCUCACAAACCCUUGAAACAUUCGAUUUACAAGGCAUUACUGUCGCUGUGGAUUCCCUCCAGGAUUCUCCUCAACGUUCUUACCUCCCCACUGUGAGACCUUAAAGCACUGCAGUGGGACAUAGUGAAACCUACAUUUUUUUCUUCUUUUUUUUUUGUUUUCUUGUUCUCUCAGUGUAAAAACUUGUGGAUUUGCAAAAAAAAAAAAAAUUACACCGGAACUUACUGAAAACACUCCCAAAACUCAUUUUAUUUCACUUACUUUUGCUUCUGUCUGAGAGAAAACCGCACAUGUGAGACUGAUUUGACGCUUGACUUUACAAGUUUGGAUUUGUAUAUGUAAAAAUGGACAAAUGUAGAUACAGAUGCAUAUAGAUAUAUAUAUAUAUAUAUAUACUGUACACAUAAAAAUACUCCUAUAUGAAUUAAAAACCUGUAACCUCUGUUGCAUCGUCAACAUAUAGUAAUAUAUUUGAAAGAUAAUGGUAAUUCAGGCCGUCGUCACAUUUCAGAAUUCUACAAAUUUUACAGAAAUUCUUCUAUUAUUAGCACCUGUUCACAUGAAGGAAUAAUUAUUAAAACACUGACAGAAAUCCACAUUUGUUUGACAUUAAAAAAAGAACUGCACACUUGAAUGAUGGGAAACUAAUGUGCGUUAUGAUCCUUUGCACUUCUACUCGUGUACCUGUGAGUCCUUCACACUAAGCAGCCUCGUUUCGAAACGCUGUUUAUGUGUGAAAACAAUAUGCAUCCACAAUAAAAGCUUUUUUCUAUUUCCACAAGAAAACAACACUUUUUUUGCAUUGCAGAGCAGAAAAUCUGGUUCUUUUGCUUUUUAUUACACUUAAACUCUUUGUUUAGUUGUCCUCGUAGAUAUAUAUUUCUGCAUCUGUUUCAAGAUCCCUGAAGUUUUGUAUAAAAUAAUGAUUUGAGUGCAGCUCUGAAACAGUAAUUGUCAACGAGGUGAAGUGUUUGCCGCUCAGGCAUCAAGAAAAUCACUAAAAGCAGCUGUUAUAUCUGUUUACAGCGCAGCCAAACACAGCAAAUCAGUCAGUAAUUUGACAUUAGCAUGAUGCUAUGCACAGCGCAAGUAGUUUUCAGGAAAAUAAGAGCGUAAAGAAAUAAUAGAUGGUUACAUUAAGCUGCUUUCCACUGCAAGAACCUGGUGUUGGUGCAAAAUAGUGCUUAAAAUUCCAGAAAGGGCUCCAUAAUUGACUAUUUUUGGACUUCUUUGACCGCAACAUGGACUCCAAACCUCAAUGCAGCAACUGGGUCAUUCGUACAUUUUACGUCUCACCCAUCAAAUUUCAAAUAACAAAAUGUUAAAACAUCUAGUUGCUGUGUAAAUAUUCUUGUCCCGAGACCAAAUCUAAAAAAAAAUCUAGAAGAAAAGAAUGUUUGAAAAUAUUUUUAAUGCCAAAUAAGUCUGGAGUUCCCACUAAAAUGCCAUUUUUCCCAUUUCCCACCCCCCUGAUGACCAAAUGGAGUCUAAAAUUUUAUCCAAAUAAACAGUCCUCACAGUGGUUCUACAGGAGCAGUUCUGGUCAUAAAAUAAGAUACAACUUUAUUAAUCCUGAAGGAAAUUCUUGUGGCUCAAAAACAAAGGCAUUACAUGAGAAAUGCAGUGCCUGUAAAGUUAAAUGUAAUAAGAUAUAUAUAUAUAAAAAAAAGAUAACUGUAAUGACUAAAAUAAGUAAAUUAAAACAAAACUUAGAGUAGAAAAGUAAAAAGUAAUACUGACAUUUAUAUGGGGUAAUAAGUAGUCACAUGUUGCUGAAAUAUUACACCUGAGAAAUUAAAAUAUGACAUGAACAAUAAAAACAAACUAUAAGAACACCCUUCCUGCAAUGGAAACAGACAAUUGAAAACAAAUCUUCACUGACUGCAGCUACUGCUCAGUUCUUAAGUCCCUCCAACAUUUUAAUCUACUCCUCUGUCAAAGGAAUGCCAAAAAUUUACUCUUUUUCCCUUUUUAUUUAGUUUAGACUAACCACUGUGACACUUCCUUUACUUUUCUUUUCACUGAUUCACAAUAAAAGCUGCUCCAUGUUUUGCCUUUGGAAUGCUUUUAGUUUGAAGGAACUGCAGGAAGCAUGCUCAGUUUGCAUCAGCAGCAAUUUACAACAACUCGUCAGAAAAGUACAGUGCUGCUGGGCAUCAUUUAUUAUUAUUUGUGGCUAAUUUGAAUCAGGCACGCACAAAAACACUAAAUUCUAAUAGGUUAAUAUAUCAAAGGUGCAUAAAUAGCUACAAAAAUUCAGUUUAAUUUCAUAAAAAUAGAUUUUUUUAUCAUAUUUAUUUCAUUUUUAUGUCCAAAACUCUAUGUUUUUUCAGAUUUGGCAGCUCAGUGUGGACGUCCUCUCCCCCUAUAACCACUCAGCUGAAUAACAAUUCAUGAUUUUACUUCAUAAUUUCAUAGUUUGAAUUAUAUUCACCCUGAAGGGGUGAAGCCACGCUCGAUGCAGCAAUUACAAUCAAGAAGGGAGUAAUGAGACAUUUAGAGGACGACGCUGCCAAAGAUUUUCUGAAGCACUCCUUCACACGUGGAAAAUGUGGCGUGUUCGUGCACGCUCAUAUUUUAUCCAUUUAUAGAAAAGCAAUUAGCAGAUAAGCAAUGAGGUAGAGAGAAUGACGGCAGGAGAGCGACCAAAGCAGCAAAUGAGAUGUUGUUGUGGAGAUGCUCUGCUUCCUCUGAGGACUACAGAUGUACAACAAACAUCAGGUAGAAAUAUGAAGUAAUUAGAGUAAUUAAUCCUACGGUUGUGAGCAGAGUGUGUCUGUCUGCAGCUACUGGAUGGACGAGGAGAGGAAAGAAAGAUGCAGGAAAACAAAUAAAGAUGGAUGUAAAUGUCACUGGGGUAGCUGUUGUAUGAGACACUAACAGGGAAGCAGCAGUCUGGUCGUCUGGGCUUUUUUUGAAGAAUGCCGGCGGUGCUGCUCCGUGAGAAAUCGCUGUCAAAGACUCCUGAAUCAUUGUGCUGACAGCAGAAAGAGGAGAGCAGCACAUUCAGGGUUCGUUUUUGCAACAUUUUCGCUGCCGCCUGUCUGUUGCCAAAAUGUCAGCCUUUAAUGAAUAAAAAACAAAUAUUAGGGACCAGUGAUAGGAGUCUGUUCUUAAAGGUCAAACCCACCAUGUUUCUACGUGAAAUGUGUAAUUAUGAACCGGACAUGUAGCUUUGAAACAAUCCAACAGUUCUCUUAAAGUUUUAGAGUCAUCCGUUAGAACGCAGUUUGCUCUGAUGCUAAAACUACCAACAUUUUUUUUAGCUAAAUGGAUUUCAACCAAUGUUGCACAGUGGCUUGAUGGUUAGCACUUUGGCCUAGCAGCUAGAAGAUCCCUGGUUCGUGUCCCGGCCUUCCUGGGAUCUGUCUGCAUGGAGUUUGCAUGUUCUCCCUGUACAUGCGUGGGUUUUCUCCGGGUACUCCAGUUUCCUCCCACAGUCCAAAAACAUGCUGAGGUUAACUGGUAACUUGAAAUUGCCCGUAGGUGUGAAUGCAAUCAUGUUUGCCCUGUGAUGGACUAGUGGCCUGUCCAGGGUGGCCCCUGUCUUCACCCUCAGUCAGCUGUGAUAGACUCCAGAACCCCAGGACCCUAAUGAGGAUUAAGCUGUGUAGAUAAUGGAUGGAUUGAUGGGAUGUAUUUCAAACUCUAAAUCCAGUUUCAUCUUGUCUUUGCUUCUUUAGAAAGCCCCGUGAUACAUUGAAAUCUUUGUUAUUAUGAAUCCAUGAUUCAAGGCUAGUUUUCCAUCAUACAUCCAUGACAUUGUUAGAAUAUGGUGACUACAACGACUAAUUAAAGCUAUGCCUUAUAUACACUACUGUUCAAAAGUUUGGAGUCUCCCAGACAAUUUCAUGUUUUCCAUGAAAACUCACACUUUUAUCCAUGUGCUAACAUAACUGCACAAGGGUUUCCUAAUCAUCAAUGAGCCUUUCAACACCAUUAGCUAACACAAUGUAGCAUUAGAACACAGGAGUGAUGGUUGCUGGAAAUGUUCCUCUGUACCCCUAUGGAGAUAUUCCAUUAAAAAUCAGCCAUUUCCAGCUGGAAUAGUCAUUUAGCACAUUAAUUAUCACUAGACUGUAGUUCUGAUUCAUUUAAUGUUAUCUUCAUUGGGGAAAAAAUUCUUUUAUUUUCAAAAUAAGGGCAUUUGGAAGUACCCCAAACUUUUGAAUGGUAAUGUUUGAUUUUCGUUUUUUUUUUUUUUUUUCCCACCAGCCAGCUGAUCAUUUGUCUCACUGUUCUUUGGUGCUGGACAGGCAGCAGAUUUUGGCUUCAUCGGGUAGCUUUAAUGGAAAACAGCUGCUUUCUAAUGCUGGAAAUGGUGUUGAUGAAAGUCACCGUCACCAGAUUCACAAUAGUUAUUGUGUUUGUGUGCUAAUUUGCCUCUUUGUGCGAUCAGUAAUCCCUAAAAUGUCUCGUCAUUAUGGCAUUAUCCAUCCAUCCUCUAUAUACCGCUUUAUCCUCACUAGGGUCGCGGGGGGUGCUGGAGCCUAUCCCAGCUGACUCGGGCGAAGGCAGGGGACACCCUGGACAGGUCGCCAAUCUGUCAAAGGGAUCAUGGCAUUAUGACAUUUUUUUUUCCAUAACAAUGAAACUACACUACCGUUCAAAAAUAUGGGGUCACUUAAAAGUCUCCUUAUAUUUGAAAGAAAAGCAUUUUUUUCAAUGAAGAUAACAGUAAAUCAUAAAUCCAGUCUAAACAUUGUUAAUGUGGUAAAUGACUAUUCUAGCUGGAAACAGCUGAUUUUUAAUAGAAUAUCUCCAUAGGGGUACAGAGGAACAUUUCCAGCAACCAUCACUCCUGUGUUCUAAUGCUACAUUGUGUUAGCUGAUGGUGUUGAAAGGCUCAUUGAUGAUUAGAAAACCCUUGUGCAGUUAUGUUAGCACAUGGAUAAAAAUGAGUUUUUAUUGAAAACAUGAAAUUGUCUGGGUAACCCCAAACUUUUGAAUGCUAGUGCAUAUAAAGCAUAUUUGGAAUUAUUCGUAGUAGUCACCAUAUUCUAACAAAGUCAUGGAUGUGUUGUGGAAAACCAAUUUCAAAUCCUGGAUCUCUAAUAAAGAUUUCCAUGUAUCACAGGGCUUUCUAAAAGACGCAAAGACAAGAUGAGAUCAGUUGGUGUCUGGACUGGUACAUCCACUGCUAGCUGGCUUACAAAUAAUGUACAUCUGGAACCUUGGAGGUUUGGGAAUAAACCAAAUGGUGCAAUUUGCAUUAAUUAUCCAACAGAAAAACUGACUGCUACUUUGUGCCAGUUGUGUCUCCUAGAUAUUGCAUUUAUGUUGAACCAAAUAAGUUUUUUCCCACUUACAUUUAGAUGCAACAUAAUCAUUCCCCAGGCUACACUGAGAGGCAGCCUCUUUUCAAAACGUAUAUUCUAAACUGCUUGGAAGGUGGUUUGGAGAAUUCAAGGUGUACGAACCCCGCCUUGAGAACUUUGGUUAAAUUUAGUGAAAUGUUCACGUUUUUUUGGUGGUUAUUGUGAAUUUUGCGCUGUAAGAUCCAAUAUUUUGGCUGAAAAUUCCCAGAUUUGUUGAGUAUUUACAUAUUCCUGACUCACCAAAUAUGUUGAUAGAGAUUCAAUGUAUAAAAUAGUUGCAAUCAGACUUCCUUCAAAACACAUUUACUGUUGAAAUUAAGUUUUUUAGAAUCUUAAAAAAAUUGGAGUCAGUUGAUUUUGCACAAUACCAGCACCAAGUUUGCAUAUUUAGCAUUCAGACUCUUGUAAGUCUGACUAUACCUCUUCAACAGUGACAAUCACCCUUUUUGCAGAAUUUGAAUGUUAGCAUAGGUGAUCUUUGCUAUUGGUCAGCAGAUACAAUAAUGGGGAUUCUGAUGGGGGCUGUUGGAGCCACUUUUCACUGUUUUUUUUUUUUAGCAUAGCUCUUCAAAAAGACUACUAUGGGAGAUAUCCACAGAAAUAUAGAAACCUACAUACGUCUUUGGUGUAUUUACAGGCUUUAUUGUUUGGGUUAUGCCCAUAUGAAUCAGUUUCUGAUGCGGAAAAUAGAAAUUUCUUGGUCCACUUCACUUCUUACAUGCUUAAUUGUUCCAUAGCUUUCAUUUUAAACGGAUACAGUUUGUAUUUUCCUCCCACCAAUCUAAUGUCAAUAACUCACACUGACAGCAUAGAAAGAGAUUUUUCUUUCAAAUUUAUUGAAAAUAAAAGCAAUUAAUUUUCUCAUUUGCUGUGACAAAUUGCA